ACGCCUCCUGCGCGCCCCGGCGCCUUAGCGGGGCGGCUCUACUUAAGCCGCGCGCGGGCCGCGACCUGGCACUCGCCUGGAGCGCGCGGGCGAGGCGGGCGGAGCGCAACGGGACCCUCUCGGAGCACAGCGGCGCCCUCGCACCGCUCCUGGGCCUCCUGGAGGCGGCGGCUGGGUCGCAGGGCUGAGCGAGCGUCGCGUCCGGGAAAGGCGACCGCAGCCCGUGAGUGCAGCCCGGCUCCCUGUCGCUACCCGAGCCCGGCCACCCCGUAACCAUGGCUCUGGCGGACAGCACCCGUGGAUUACCCAACGGGGGUGGCGGGGGCGGCAGCGGCUCCUCGUCCUCCUCCGCGGAGCCGCCGCUCUUCCCCGAUAUCGUGGAGCUGAACGUAGGGGGGCAGGUGUAUGUGACUCGGCGCUGCACGGUGGUGUCCGUGCCCGAGUCGCUGCUCUGGCGCAUGUUCACGCAGCAGCAGCCGCAGGAGCUGGCCCGGGACAGCAAAGGCCGCUUUUUUCUGGACCGAGACGGCUUCCUCUUUCGUUACAUCCUGGAUUACCUGCGGGACUUGCAGCUCGUGCUGCCCGACUACUUCCCCGAGCGCAGCCGGCUGCAGCGUGAGGCCGAGUACUUCGAGCUGCCCGAACUCGUGCGCCGCCUCGGGGAGCCCCAGCAGCCUGGCCCGGGGCCACCGCCGCACCCCAGGCGCGGGGUGCAAAAGGAGGGCUCGCUGGGAGACGAGCUGCUGUCGCUCGGCUACACGGAGCCCGAGCAGCAGGAGGGCGCCUCCGCCGGAGCACCGUCGCCCACGCUGGAGCUGGCGAGCCGCAGCCCGUCCGGGGGCACCGCGGGUCCGCUGCUCACGCCGUCCCAGUCGUUGGACGGGAGCCGACGCUCCGGCUACAUCACCAUCGGUUACCGCGGCUCCUACACUAUUGGGCGGGACGCGCAGGCGGACGCCAAGUUCCGGCGAGUGGCGCGCAUCACCGUGUGCGGCAAGACCUCGCUGGCCAAGGAAGUGUUCGGGGACACCCUGAACGAGAGCCGGGACCCCGACCGACCUCCGGAGCGCUACACCUCGCGCUAUUACCUCAAGUUCAACUUCCUGGAGCAGGCUUUCGACAAGCUGUCCGAGUCGGGCUUCCACAUGGUGGCGUGCAGUUCCACUGGCACCUGCGCCUUCGCCAGCGCCGACCAGAGCGAGGACAAGAUCUGGACCAGCUACACCGAGUACGUCUUCUGCAGGGAGUGAGCGCCCCCAGACCCCCUCGCGACUCCAGCGCACCCAUUCCCCUUUCUUCUUGCCCAGGAGAGGAUUAUAGACCUCCCCUCCCACCCCAUGCCCUCUCGUUCCCCCUGCCCCCACCUCCAAUAGCUGCGCUGGCCCCCCUUGGCCCCACUUGAGAACUUGGAGCUGCGAGUCCUUUCGGCUUUUUCUUUUGUCUUCUUUGGACCCCACUAACCAAGAGGGCCCGGGUGUACCCCGUACACCCCAUGCUUCCUCUGCCCCCUCCCUCUCCCCAGUUGUCCUUCAGUCUGGAGCUAGUGGGGCAGUGUGGCGCCAAGUCACGAAGUACCUGGGAAUGAUUGAAUUGUUCAGAACCUGAUUGGACCCUGUCCAGUGCGUGGAAGAUUUCCUUGAAAUCUUCUCAAGCACUUCGGACUCAUUCGAAAUUAAAGAGAUCGGAACUGAUAACGCUGGGAAAAGCGAUUUUGGCCCUCUUUGAGAAGUAAGAGUUUUAGAAGGCCGGAUGGAACACUCCACCUGGAAUUGGGAUCCCGUGGAGGCAGUUCAGUGACUCUAAAUGAAUAAAGUUUGGAAAAGGUACAGGUAAAUGUAGGAGAAGAACCUAGUGCUGGCACAAUGAAGGAUCGUAUCUUCUACUUUAUGCAGAAAUAAAGGUCUUCACCUGUGGCUGAAACUUGUAGAAAGUUACCUCCGGCCUGAGGAGGCGCCCUUUUCCUCUGCUCACUGCCAGAAGCCCUUGGUUGGCCUGGUUGACUUGGCAGCAGUUGGCAGGCGAAAGGGAGAAAAAGCCCUGCCGCUGACAGGGGCCGGACCGCCCAACUCACCGAGGUUUUCGGGGAGGGCAGCCAGCAGGGACGACUUGGAGCUGGGUAGUGAUGCACGUCGUGGGGAUUAGGAAAGCCCAAGUAUUCUUGCAGUGAAUAGCGGGAGGAAUUUAGCUCUUAAGACU